AUGGCUGUAUACCAGAUUGUAUGGCUUGCAUCAUUGCUAGCUGGGGCUACCUCCCAGUCUUUCCCGGUAGUCAACACUCCUUCCGGUCCAAUCAAAGGCAUUGUUGUUCCUACUCUCGGACAGGAUAUAGUUCAGUUCCGGAAUAUUCCUUAUGCUAAACCUCCCUUGGGCAACCUUCGAUUUGAGAAGACUGUUCCCAUUGAACCAUGGAAGGAAACUUUAGACGGCACUGUUUUCGGACCUUCAUGUAUACAAGAUAGUCACUCUUUACCAGAGAUGUGGGAAAGGGCAGAAAAUAACAUUACUUCAGAAGACUGCCUUCAACUUAACAUAUAUGUGCCAGGGGCGGUUUCAACAUCAGAGAAAAAGUCCGUCAUGUUUUGGAUUCACGGCGGAGGUUUUCAGAUAGGAAAUAGCUGGUUCCUGGAUCCGUCGUUUUUAGUACUCAAAGAUGUCAUUGUGGUCAGUAUUAACUACCGUCUCGGAGUUUUCGGAUUUCUAAGCACAGGAGAUGCCGCCCUACCAGGUAACUAUGGACUAUGGGAUAUGAUAGAAGCACUGAAAUGGGUAAAUAAAAACAUAGCAUCAUUCGGAGGCGACCCUGAAUCGGUUACCAUUUUCGGAGAAUCGGCAGGAGGCUUCGCUGUUUCCUAUUUAUCAGUUAUUCCAAGCAAUGAAGGACUAUUUAAACGCGUAAUUAGCCAGAGUGGAGCUUCAGUUAGUGAGUUUUGGGAUGUACAUGAUCCAUUCAGACUUACCAAGAGAGUUGGUAGCUAUGUUGGAUGUAUCACUGAAAACGACUCGACUGUUGACAAGAAAGCUCUUGUAGGUUGUCUGAAGGAAAAAUCUGCUGAAGAUUUAUUUAAAGCCCAGAGUGACCCUAGUACAACGGACUUUGGAGUUUUAAAAGUGGCUCCGCUGUUGUGGCCACUUGUUGACGGAGAAUUGCUCGUUAGAAGUCCUUACAAAAGCUUGGAGGAUUUGACAUCUAAAGAAUCUGUUUUCUUUCGAUCUCUUGAUGUGAUGUCAGGAACGACGGACAAUGAAGGUUCAAUUUUGCCAUUCCUUAUCAUGCAGCUGCAGGAGUCCAGGAACUUCAAUUUAUCAGAAGGUAUUCCAACUGUUGUAUUGUGUGAGGAUUUAGCCCCUGCGUUUGCCAGACAAGCAUACAGCGAUGAAACCAUUGUACCGGAAAUGCUAUGUAAAGCGUAUAGUGAAGAAAACAUCAAAGAGCAAUCCAGAAGCAUAUCAAAUUUGUUUGCUGACACUGCUUUUGUGGCUCCAACUAAACAAUUACUGGAUUUCCAUUCAAGAGGAAAGACUAGUUCGAAUACAUACCAAUACUUGUUUACAAAGGAUAUUACAUUUCCCUUUAUAAUUCCCAGUUUUCCAUGGUCUAGAGGGGCUGGACACGGAGUUGAACUAUUGUUCCUUUUUGGUCCGGGAACAUUGAAUCAGUUCGACGAAUCAUUAUCCAGUACAGAGGGACGAGCGCUGACAGAAAUUCUUGUGAACUACUGGACCAACUUUGCUAAAAAUGGAAAUCCUAAUGGCGAGGGCCUCGUUCACUGGAAGACCUUUGGUCCAAACGAACAUAACUACAUGAAUUUGAAUAUAGAACCUGUCAUGGAACAAAACGUUUUUGCAAAGCGCAUGAAAUUGCUGCUUGAGGAUAUCCCGAAUAAGCUUAGCAAGAGUGUUAAGACUGAACUUUAGGUUGUUUUUGUAUGAGGUGAAAUCAUGUUAUUAUGUGUGAAUUCCUAGAAAAUGUUGCAACUGAACUUUAUAUCUUGUAGUGAGAAGUGAACUCAAGCUAUAUCGUGUGAAAUCCUAGUAAGUGUUAUAACUGAGCUUGGGGUCUCGUAGUUAGUAGAGAAAUCAAGUUAAACCAUGUGAAUCUUUAAUAACCAAGUAUUGAAAAUAAAGAUCAUGUUAUUUAUGAUUUAUGUGUUGUGGGGAGGCAUGUUUAUCA